GAAAUGGCAACAUCGGAAGCAGUCGUUUCAGGGGAAAGUCUCAAUUGUGUGAAAUGUCUGAAAUUGUGUAAGAAUCUGGUUUUGAUUCCUUGUGGCCACAGUUGCUGCAUGGGAUGUAUAAAAAAGUGCGAGGAUCAACAAGGUUGCUUUAGUUACAACUGUUCCCAGUGUCGUCAAAGCUUUUCUCCAAAGACUCCUCUUAGUGAAAACACCAUUUUGUGUGAAGUGGUGAAAGAUUUCAAGACACACGCGAGUUCUUUAGUCAGUGCAGGGGAUGUGACCUGUGAUUUCUGCACUGAUUGCAAAGUGAAUGCCGUCAAGUCCUGCCAGCAAUGCACAGCCUCAUUCUGUGAAAGGCACCUUGCUCCUCAUCAAGAAAACGCUGCAUUUGGAGACCACCGCCUGACUGAUCCGGUGGACUAUAUGAACAGAAAGGAAUGCACAACACACAAGGCACCUCUGGUGUUCUUCUGCAAAACACAUAACAUGUGCGGCUGCAGGACCUGUGGAAUAAUGGAUCACGGAGCCCAUGAAGCUGUUCCUGUGGAGGAAGUAAUUCCUGAAAUAAAGAAUGAAUUUCUUGCCAAAGAAUCUGCCUCAGAAAAACAGAUUGAAGUGACUGAAGCUCAGAUCGGAAAUUGCCAGCAAAACGUGGAGUUUAUCAUAAGUUCUUCACAAAGAGUAAAAGCUAGCAUCGCAAGCAAGUUAACCGACUUAAUCAAAACCAUUGAAAACACACGCACGGAAUUGAUUGAGCUUGUGGAGAUUCAGGAGAAAGAGGCACUGGAGCAAGAGAAUAGCAUCGAGAAGCAACUGAGAGAGAAAUGUACUGAGGUGAAAAAUGAUCAACUUCAGCUACAAACAUCGUUGAACAGCAGUGACACGUCUGAACUUUUACAAGUAAAACUUAAAAACGAAUUCAAGACUUUAAAAGUCCAAGGAAGGGAAAUUGAUCUGCCCAACUCAACGUUUGCUCUGUUUGUCAAACUUGCUGCUGCAGAGAAUGUCGUGACAAAACUAUCCAACCAUAUUGAAGGAAAACUGAAGCUUUCUGUCAUCAAGAAGAGGAUACAAGAACAAGGAGUUGUGAAGCCAACCUUCAAGUUCAGUUCCUCCUCAUCCACUGCCACAAACACUGGGGGUUCCAAACCCUCCAGCAUAUUUGGCAGUUCUGCAUCCGCAUCAAACACAUCACUGCUGGCAGCUCCAGUACAGACCAAUACCACUGCAAUCAGUUUCAGAGUUCGAAAUGACUCAGAAUCGACUGCACCCUUCUCAUUUGACUCUACACCCAGCAACAGCAACACUACAUCAUCUGUGUUUGCAUUUCGAGCUCCAGCUACGACAUCUAAUUCAACAGGUUCUUCCUCAAGCUCUGCCUUUGGGUUGGGAUCCAAUUCUUUGGCUGCAGCAAAUCCGCCAGCAUUUGGUACCAGUCAGGCCCCUACGUUUGGACAAAGUACUAACCAGCCACCUGCUGCCUUUGGUUCAUCUACUGCACCUACAUAUUCAUUCUUGACUGACUGUCCACCAUCUACCUUUAGUUCACAGUCAACCAGUAGCCAACCAUCGCCAUUUGUGAACCAGCUGCGCUCAAUUGGUUUCACUUCAUCUUCUACCUCAAUACAGUCAAUAUGUCCAACAUACUCAAGUAACAGCUUCCAGUUUGGGACGAGUGGUAUUGGUAAUAGUUUUAACAUCAAUGCCACCAAUUCAUCGAACAAUGUAUUUAAAUUUAAUGUUGGAUCAAGUUCAACAGGAGCACCACAGCAGCUGGGUCCCACUGGAAAUUUUCCACUGAACCAAGCCCCUGCAUUUUCUCCUGGGGCUGUUGGCACCAAUCUUUUCUCAGCAUCAUCUGGCGAGCAUUCAACUGUCGCUGGCCGGAGGAUAAAGACUGUUAUUAGACGUAAGAAAUAGGAGCUAAAUGUUUUUGAAAUGAAUUGUCUUCAUUUCAUAGAACAUGUGCUUUUUAAAAUUCUGUUUUUUUUAUUGCUUAUUACAAACUUUUAUGUAAAUAUACUAUUAUUUUCACUCAAUCUACUAUUCUUGGACAAAAAUCUGUGAACAUGAAUUUUUUGUUAUAGCUGAUUGUAUUAUCUAUAUCUCAUUAUUUAACGUUGCCCAAAUCCACUCAGCGUCCUUUCAGAUAAAAAACGGGGACUCUUUAAAGUUUGAAUAUUUGCUUUUGUGAUCCACUCUUGUUUGGACCAAAACAGUGUUGUACAAAGUACAGUAAAACAGUCUGAUCUGUAUAAAUCGUGGUUUUACUGAAGUCAUGCACAUGCCAAACCCUGUUCAAUUUCUUAUUAAAUCCACUUAAAUUUAUAUGCACCAGUUGUAUUGACCACCGUAUAACUCGUAACACCGCCACAGCAUUUAUCGGCUGCCAACUCAAAACUUGUUUACCGAACCUUCCUCAAAGAGAAAACCGCACACCUGCACCCCAACGCACUGCGCACCCUCCCUCCCAGGGCAGUAACAUCGACGUCAUUGUGCACGUCUGCAGGGGGGAGGGAGGGCUGAGAGAGGAAAGACCGUCAUCUGAUCACGUGGAGAACGAAGGGGACCCGUCACCACGUGCGCACUCACCGGUCUUGAAUCGCAGGAACCUAAGUCCUGACCCAUCACUGAAUGCUCACUUAAUGGCUGCGAUGCCAAAGGACUGCAAUUGCAGUCCAUAACAGUCAACAAGUACAGAAGACAAGGUCUUGACCAGUCAUGGAUUCAGCCAGUGCAGAUACCCCAACUAAAUGCAAAUUAAGUUUAUAUUCUCUUAAAACAGUUCUGUUUUGAAAGCUGUUUAGUUGUGCCAUUCAUUGUACAGUACGUUUUCUCCACAUGAGUCACAGUACUGUGCAGUACUAUAUAUGGAAGAAUGGGCUACCAUAAGUCUAAUAUGCAUGAGUUAAACAUGGUACAGAAACCUUGCCUUAAUGUCAUCAGCCAGGACAGUACUUGUGUAUCUGUUAGGUGUAAGUCAUAUAAAUCUGACUUGUACAUAGCUUUACUUAAGUCAUAUAUGAUACGACUUAUGUAAGUUUGCCAUAACUCAUGCUUUGCAUAAAUCAUAUUAAAUGUUAUGGUCCCAAUUAA